GUCAAAACUCACAUGUUGCUUAAAAUCAGUUUCUGUGAAGAUGGGGAAUUGUUCGCAAAGAGCAGUAUCCGAUGGUGGUGGUUCGGUUACUGUAAUUGCGACAGAUUCAAGAAACAUCAUGGAAGAAUAUUACAAAAGCCGGAGAUGCAGCUCGUUGCCAAUAACUAGGGAGAAAACCCUAGGGUAUCUUGUUAGACAAGCUACAAUAGAGAUUGUUGAGGUUUAUGUCACUAAGAAAGCUGCCAUGAAGAAGAUUAUUGAGAACAAUAAGCAGAGGCUGUCAUUGACUACAGAUAUACGGAAGUUGAUAAUAAGCUUCAAGCAUGUAGAAGAUCAUAAGGGUCAGACAAUAUGUGAUACUCUUAUGGCUUGUUUAGCUGAGUGGAGUAUAAAGAGAAUAUUCUGCAUCACUGUUGAUAAUUCUACAGCCAAUAGUACAGCUAUGACCAAAUUCAAGAAAGAAAUGCUGCGGGUGUAUGGAAGUGAAGCUUUGAUACUUAAAGGUGAGUAUUUGCAUUUGCGGUGUGCUACUCACAUUCUGAAUUUGGUGGUGAAGGAAGGAUUAACAGAGAUUGAUAGCUGUGUGGCUGCUAUUCGCAAUGGCAUCACCUAUGUGAGGUCUUCGACACAUAGACUGAAAUCUUUUGAUUUUAGAGUUGAAACAGGGAAGCUGCAAAGGGGAAGCCUACCUUUAGAUGUCAAGACCAGAUGGAAUUCGACAUAUCUCAUGCUAGACCAAGCUCUAAAGUUCAGAAUAGCAUUUGAGAGGAUGGAGGCUGAGGAUAAACCAUAUAAUGAUUACUUUCUGGAAAAAGAGGAUGGAAAAAAGAGGAUUGGACCAGCUGUGAGAGAUGACUGGGAGAAAGUUGACAGGUUAGUUCAGAUUCUUGAGAUUUUCUAUAAGUCCACAUUGGUUCUUUCAGCUUCAAACUAUGUUGCAGCUCAUAAACUCUACAAUGAGAUAGUCUCCAUUACUAGAAACCUAGGUGCAUUAAGAUACAAUGAUGAUGCCCUAAAGAAUAAAGCCGAGGCUAUGUUAGCAAAGUUGGGUAAGUAUUGGGAUGCAUUUGGGGAGAAAGUUGAAAUGAAUAGGCUUGUGAUAGUGGCAAGUGUGUUUGACCCGAGGAAGAAAAUGAAAUUUGCUGAGUUAUGUUUUGAAAGGCUAUAUGGUAAAGGUACUGUGGAGGCUACUCAUCUUUCAGAUUCAGUUUAUGGCAUCAUCACUGAUUUGUAUGAUGAGUAUACAAGAAACAGUUUAGCUAAUAAUACUGGUAGUGGUAGUAGUACUACUGGGUUAUCUACUCAGUCAGAAAAUGCAUGGAGCCAGAGUCAGUCUCAGUCUCAAGAUAAAGGUGUAAGUGAUUUUUCUGAGAGACCAGUUUUGCGUAAUGGUUUUUUAUACUAUCUUUAAAUUAAUUGUUAUUGUUUAUAAACAGAUUACUUAAUC